CUCUCUCUCUCUCUCUCUCUUUCUCUCACCUCGCCCUCUCUCUCUCUAAUUCCUCAAUUUUCGGUCAUCUGUCUCCCCUUUGAAUUGUUCAUAAUCAUUUCUUAUUUUUUUCAGAUUCGUUCCUGUAAUAAUUUCGACAGCGGUAGACUUUAUCUACUCCAUAUAUAUAUAUAAUAUAAUAGAAUUAUCCAUCUUCGGUUUUGGUCGGUCGAUUUUGGGUUUUGAUCAAUGAGGAGGGGUCAUGAGUUUGUGAAUUAGAGUUUUCAAUUAGGGUUUGUCUUUCAAGGAUGUAGGUCGACGGAGGGAAUAAAGGGGAAUCUCAUGAUCGGUGUUUAUCUUCUGUUGAAUUCUUGGAUCCACUGUGGCGGAUACGGAGUUGGCAUUUUAUCGCGUUGUUUCGUACGUUUACAGGCUCGUAGUCGGGUUGUUUUGAAGCCCGAUUAGAGGCUGGAAUUGUCGAUUAUUUUCGGUGUUUAGGGGUUAAAUUUUUGGAAUAUUGAGGGUUUUGUUGAAUUGAGUCGAUUGCCAUGGAUCAUGUUGUCGGUGGGAAAUUUAAGCUUGGGAGGAAAAUUGGGUGUGGUUCAUUUGGUGAACUCUUUUUAGGUGUGAACAUACAAAAUGGAGAAGAAGUAGCCAUAAAGCUGGAAUCAGUGAAGACCAAGCAUCCACAGCUUCACUAUGAGUCAAAAAUAUAUAUGAUUCUCCAAGGAGGAACGGGGAUUCCCAAUUUGAAAUGGUUCGGAGUUGAGGGUGAAUAUAAUGUCAUGGUGAUAGACCUUCUGGGCCCAAGUCUUGAAGAUCUCUUCAACUAUUGCAACAGGAAGUUUACCUUGAAAACAGUGUUAAUGCUUGCAGAUCAACUAAUUAAUAGAGUUGAGUACAUGCACUCAAGAGGAUUUCUUCACCGUGAUAUAAAGCCUGACAAUUUUUUGAUGGGCUUGGGGCGCAAAGCAAAUCAGGUUUAUGCCAUUGACUUUGGUCUUGCCAAAAAGUAUAGGGAUCUUCAGACUCAUAAGCACAUUCCGUAUAGAGAAAACAAGAAUCUCACUGGUACUGCUCGCUAUGCCAGUGUCAAUACACACCUUGGAGUUGAACAAAGUCGAAGAGAUGAUUUGGAAUCUCUUGGUUAUGUCCUAAUGUAUUUUCUGAGAGGGAGUCUUCCCUGGCAGGGACUUAAAGCUGGCACCAAAAAACAGAAAUAUGACAAGAUUAGCGAGAAGAAAAUGCUUACUCCUAUAGAGGUCCUUUGCAAAUCAUUUCCAUCAGAAUUCAUAUCUUAUUUUCACUAUUGCCGGUCGUUAAGAUUUGAGGACAAACCAGAUUACUCCUAUUUAAAGCGACUUUUCCGGGAUUUAUUUAUUCGUGAAGGUUACCAAUUCGACUAUGUGUUCGAUUGGACUAUGUUGAAGUAUCCUCAGAUUGGUGCAAGUUCCAGAUCAAGGAAUCCUACCGGUAACGCUGUUGCGGGAACUUCUGGUGAGAGAUCAGGAAGAACAUCAGAUAUUCGAGAUCGAUUCUCAGGUGCCGUUGAAGCUUUCUCUAGAAGAAAUCCUGCAGGUCCAGGUCGACAUGGUGAAAAUUUUAGAAACAAGACAUCAGAAGAUGUACCUUCCUCCAAAGAUGUGCAACCGGAUUCAGAAAAAGGGCGUACUUCAAGAAACGGCAGCUCUUCAAGGAGAGCAGCCAUUUCGAGCAGUAGACCAAACUCAUCGGGCGAUCCAAGUGAUGGCAGAACCACCAGAGUGGUAUCGAGCAGUGGUGGUCGAAUAUCCACCACUCAAAGAAUCCAGCCAGCUGGCAUUGAUCAUAAACCGCCGUCUUUCUCUCGUACUACUAAACCCACUCGUGACGACCCUCUCCGAAGCUUCGAAUUUCUCUCCAUCAGAAAGUAAAAAUUGGAUCGCGUUUUUCUUUUCCUUAAAAGAGGUAAUGUGAAAGGUGAACUUUAAAUACCCCCAACCCUAUUUAUCGGAAAUCUUGUUCGCAUUAUCUGAUCAUUGUAAAUGUAAAAUGUGUUGUACACCACACUAGUUGAUGCUUCGUUCUACCGCGCCUUUUCUUUUUUUUUUCUUUUUCCGAGAGUUGUUUUUGUUGUAAACGCCAUAUGUGCGGCUGUUUUUUUUUUUUUUUUUUUUUUUCUGUUUAUUACCAGACAAAAGAAUUGCCUAUGUAAUUUCAUCAUGUAUACCGCUGCAUGUAUUUUCAAAUACAGUAAAUACCUAAAUUGCCCUGUUCUAAAAGAUGGGUCAAGAAUAUCUUGAA